AUGCGCGCCAAGCUGAAAUUUUUGGCGGAUCUUCCCCUGUACGAUGAGAAGAAGCCGUCCACACUGUACGGAUUUCCCGAUCAUAUCCAACCAAUUUCCAAUUGCGAGUACGAGGUCCAUGAUGGCUUGAUGAUCCAGGACACGAGAGGCCACGAGCAGGAGUACCAUCUAGAUGAACACGGGUUCGAGUUCCACCACUGGCCGUCGAAAUGCGACCUAAGUGCUGCGGUCUUUGAGUCUAAUGGAAACAGGGAGGAGGUCUGGAGAUACCUGAAAGAAACCAUCACUCUCACUGAGUUGGUGCUACAGGCUCCGAAAGCUAUGUGCUUCGACUGGGGGCUUCGCAGGACCAACGCAGAUUGUGAAAUUAGAGGUCAGUUGGAUAACCUGGGAGACGCGCGAUACAGGGCGCUGCCUCCCACCAACCUCAUGCACUGCGACUACUCGUACGAUGGGGGACUCGAAACACUGAAAAUCCAUCUCUCGCCUUAUGAGAUUUCGGAAGGGAGGUGCAAGGCUAAGAUCAUUAACGUCUGGAGGCCCAUGCAAACUGUUUGCUGCUCUCCUUUGGUGCUGUGCGACCGACGAACAGUCCAUCCAAAGGCCAACGACAUCGUCGACGUUGACCAAGUUGCCCCAACAAAGGCCGAACAAAGCAUAACACUCACAUACAGACCGACCCAGGGGUACCAUUGGCUCUCUAACCAGCAGCCUGAAGAAGUCACUAUUUUCACAUCCUGGACCUCGGACCAGGAUGACGAAAUUGCCAGUGCGGUCCCCAUUUUCUCCUGA